CUUCUCCUUCGUCCCUCCUCAGGUCUUAUUCACACUCUUAAGAACCAUAACAAGGGAUCUUCAUUAUCCUUGAUUCGCUUAUCUAUUAUCCGACACUCAUACUUUCAGAAUGACUACCAACGAAAUCACAUCCGCACCGACUCCAGUAGACGUCCUUAUCUAUGAAGUCAGGCCAGAUCCAAAAGAGGAUGAUCUCGCUCACACAGCCGCUUCCUUUCCUACUCUCCAUAGCAUUCGUGAGGCCUUAUUUACCAAAGAUGGAUGGCUAGGGGACUACGACUACAGCUUCCUUUGUAUUCCCACUAUUCCUUGUCUCAACAAAAAAAACACUCGUCAGCCGCCUUUUUUUGGUCUCAAGACAAAGCUCCCCAUCCUGCUGGCAAUCGUCAUGGGCUUUCAGCACGCUUUGGCUAUGGUUGCAGGAGUAGUGACUCCUGUUUUGAUAAUGUCAGGCCCUGGGACAGGAAACAUGAAUCUCGACAUGUCGACUCGCUCCUAUAUGCUCUCGGCUUCAUUGAUCUCGUCAGGUCUUCUAUCUCUGAUCCAGAUUACUCGCUUUAGAAUUUUCAGAACAAGAUAUUACAUCGGUACAGGGCUCUUGUCAGUCGUUGGUACCAGCUUCAAUUUCGUACCCACAUUUGGAGCUAUGACCACUCGCAUGUACUUGAGCGGUCAGUGUCCCAUGGGUGUUGCUCCUGAUGGUGUAACUCCAGUACAUCUUCCGUGUCCCGAGGCUUGGGGCGCUUUUCUGGGCACAUGCAUGCUGUGCUCCAUUAUUGAGAUUUCACUCGCAUUCUUGCCACCCAAAAUUAUGAAGAAUUUAUUUCCACCUCUUGUCACUGGAGUCACUGUCUUUUUGAUCGGUGCUAAACUCAUUGGAACUGGACUGACGCAGUGGGCCGGAGGCUCUGGUCCAUGCAGUGCUAUGCCUUCAGAAGGCUUCUUUUCUGUCUGUCCCAACCUUGGUGCCCCUAACGCAGCGCCUUGGGCGUCACCUCAGUGGAUUGGACUUGGAUUCUUGGUUUUCAUGACUAUCAUGUUUGUGGAGUUUUUCGGAUCGCCCUUCAUGCGCAAUGCCCAAGUUGUCAUUGGACUCGUUAUUGGACUAAUCGUCGCUGCUGCCACUGGAUAUACAGACGUUACAGCUCUGGAUAAUGCCCCAACUAUUACAUUCCUCUGGGUCAAAAACUUUUCAACCUUCCCUCUAUCCAUUUAUGCACCUGCCAUCAUUCCGCUUCUCGUUACUUAUGUUUUGACCAUGGUAGAAGCAAUCGGCGAUGUCACUGCGUCAUGUGAAGUCUCCAGACUGGCAGUGGAAGGUCGCGAAUUUGAAUCCCGUGUUCAAGGAGGAGUCUUGGCUGAUGGAUUGGGAGGGUUUUUGUCUGCAAUUAUGACCAACUCUCCAAUGUCUGUCUUUGCUCAAAAUAAUGGUAUUAUCGCACUAACUAGGUGUGCGAAUACCUCAGCUGGGUACAUGUGUUGCGUGUUUUUAAUCUUGAUGGGUAUCUUCUCCAAGUUUGGAACACUGUUCCUCAUGAUCCCUGAUUCAGUUCUUGGGGGUAUGACUACAUUCCUUUUCGCUAACGUGGCUUCUUCAGGCAUGCGCAUCCUCGCGUUCCUUGAGUGGACUCGUCGCGAUCGUUUCAUUGUUUCGGCCGCCAUUUCUCUUGGACUUGGAGUGUCUUUGAUUCCAAAUGCGUUGACUCACUUUAUAUCUUACACCGGUACUUCGGCUGUUUUGCAGGGUCUUUCGGAUUCUGUUAACAUUAUUCUCUCCACCGGCUUUUGCGUUGGCGCUCUUAUUGCCAUUAUAUUGAAUCAACUCUUACCUGAGGACAAACCUGAAGCUUUGGAGGAGGAGAUUGCUGAAGAUGUUCGUCGAGCUGAUAGCAAGCAAGCAGCAAAGAUUGCUGCCCAGAUGGAGGAGGCCGUCAAUGGAGAAAAGGCAGACAUGAAACACCUGUGA